AUGGAGACCUUUCCUUUUCUUUGGGUUAUCUGUCUGUUAUCUGGAGAAGUAUUUUCUGGUGGAGUUGCUCAGUCAGUGAACUGCAAUGCAGCUGAUAGAGAAGCUCUUCUUGAUCUCAGAAGGGGCCUGAAUGAUUCUUGGAGUCGGCUCUCUUCAUGGCAUGGAACCAAUUGCUGUGCAUGGUCAGGAAUAGCUUGUCACAACACAACUGGUGCUGUUCUCGCAGUUGAUCUCCCAAAUUCAUCAGGCCUUCAGCCAUUAGGCGGAGAGAUUAGACCUUCUUUGGCGAAACUUAAGUCGUUGAAACAUCUGGAUUUAAGUGGGAACAAUUUCCAUGGUAAAAUUCCUCAUUUCCUGUCAGAUUUGCACAACUUGCACUAUCUAAACGUGUCAAUUGCUGGGUUUAGUGGCGCAAUUCCUCCAAAUCUUGGAAACCUCUCUAGCUUGCAGUUUCUUGAUGUCUCUUGUGGUGGUUUAACUGUUGAGAAUCUUGAAUGGUUGAGUGGCCUUCUCUCGCUAAAGCAUUUGGCAAUGAAUGGUGUAGAGCUUUCAAAUUUGGGAGGAGCAUGGAUUGAACCAUUAAACAAGCUUCCACUUUUAUCUGAGUUGCACUUGCAAUUCUGUGGUUUAUCAGGCUUCAUCUAUUCUCUUCCUUCUGUUAAUUUUACUUCGCUUGAAGUCUUGAGCCUUACGGGCGGCUUCUUCAAGGCCAAGUUACCAGCUUGGUUUGUGAACAUUAGCAGCCUUGUGUCUGUCGACAUCUCAUAUAGCAUGUUGACUGGAAGGAUUCCGCUUGGUUUUGGUGAAUUGCCAAAUUUGCAGGCAUUGAAGCUUAAUUAUAAUAUAGAACUCUCAGCAAGCUGCUUCCAACUAUUUGCAAGAGGCUGGAAAAAGAUACGAGUUCUUGAUUUAUCUAUCAAUGAAAUACAUGGUAGACUUCCUGCUCAUCUUGGAAAUAUGACAUCUCUCACCGAUUUUGAUCUUCACUUCAAUAAUAUUGAAGGUGGGUUUCCAAGCUCCAUUGGUAAGCUUUCUAACUUACAAUACAUUGACUUGUCAUUAAAUAAACUGACAGGAAGCUUACCAAAUUCAAUUGGCCAACUCAAGAAUCUUGUUGAACUCCGAUUGGACAAUUACUUGCUUCAAGGUUCCAUCCCUUAUUCUAUUGGAAAUUUACAGCACUUGACUAUCCUCAAGCUUUCAUCAAACAACAUAAAUGGCAGUCUGCCAGAUAGUAUUGGACUGCUCUCUGAGUUGUCUACUGUUGAUGUUUCACUUAAUAACCUGACAGGUAUAAUCUCAGAAGCUCAUUUUCAUAGGUUGGAGAACUUGGAGCAAAUUAUUUUAUCAGAUAAUUCAGUCAUUUUAAAUGUCAGCUCCCAUUGGGUCCCUCCUUUCCAAGUCAUUUUCUUGCAGAUGAGUUCAUGCCAUGUAGGUCCUUCCUUCCCUUAUUGGCUUAGAUCUCAGAAAAAGAUCGAAGUUUUAGAAUUCUCAAGGGCUGGUGUUUCAGGUUCUAUCCCAAAUUGGUUCUGGAACAUGACUAGCAUUCUAGCCUUUUUGAAUGUUUCUUUCAAUAGUCUAGAGGGUCAUAUUCCAAAUCCAUUCAAUAUAACUCCCUAUGCUAAUGUUGAUUUGAGCUCCAAUCAAUUCAAGGGACCCAUUCCUCUUCUAAAUGUCUUCUUACUAGAUCUUUCUAGUAACAAGUUGAUCGGUGAAAUCCCAACCUCAGUGGGAGAGUUGUCACUUGAUAUAUUGGAUCUCUCAAAAAAUAACUUGACAGGAAGUAUUCCUUCAAGCAUAGGAAAUUGUUCUUCCCUCAUGUGGGCUUUUUGCAAAUUUAGGGGCGGGGGAAUUAAAUUUUGCGGAUUUGGGGUUGGCAAAUUUUAA